GAGCCGAGACUUGCCGAAAGUUUCCGAAGUUCAAUGACGGAAAUAACGGAGGCCUUCAGUCGCAGUUCUUCCACAGUGCAGAGAGAGAGAGAGAGAGAGAGAGAGAGAGAGAGUUAACAAACUUUGAACUUGCACUCGGUUUGUUUGUUUGUUUGUUUGUUUGUUGGUGCUUUGAGGUGUAAAACAUGAAGAAUCUCGCACUGAUUGUGGGAUUAAUGCUGUUUGUUGUUGUGAGCAGUGACGCCAUUAUCAGGAUUCCUCUGAAGCGGAUGCGCUCUGUACGCCGCACGCUGGUGGAUAGCGCUCUCGCUCAGGACCAGCUGAAGUGGCGGGCUGAGGAACGGGCUGAGGAACGGGCUGAGGAACGGGCUGAGGAACGGGCUGAGGAACGGGCUGAGGAACGGGCUGAGGAACGGGCUGAGGAGGCGUGGAGCAUGAACGCUGCUCAGUUUCCUGUGGAGAAACUCUCAAACUUCAUGGACGCUCAGUAUUUCGGCGUGAUCAGCAUCGGGACUCCGCCGCAGAGCUUCACCGUGCUGUUCGACACCGGCUCCUCCAACCUGUGGGUUCCCUCCAUCCACUGCUCCUUCCUCGACCUGGCCUGCUGGCUCCACCAUCGUUAUAACUCUAAGAAGUCGAGUACUUACGUACAGAACGGUACUAAGUUCUCCAUCCAGUACGGCAGAGGAAGUCUGAGAGGUUUCUUCAGUCAGGACACAGUCACGCUGGCAGGUCUUGACGUACAGGACCAGCUGUUUGCUGAGGCGGUGCAGCAGCCGGGCGUGGUGUUUGCCGUGGCGAGGUUCGAUGGCGUGCUCGGAAUGGCGUAUCCCAUCCUGUCAGUGGGAAACGUGCGACCCGUGUUCGACUCCAUCAUGGCCGCCAAACUCCUGCCGCAGAACAUCUUCUCCUUCUACAUCAACAGGGACCCUAAAGCGGAGAUCGGGGGGGAGCUGAUGCUGGGUGGUUUCGAUCAGCAGUAUUUUGAUGGAGAUAUUCACUACCUGAACGUCACCCGUAAAGCGUACUGGCAGAUCAAGAUGGACAAAGUGGAGGUGGGAAGCACACUGACGCUGUGUAAGGACGGUUGCCAGGCGAUUGUUGACACGGGAACGUCGAUGAUCACGGGGCCGGUGCAGGAGAUUCGAGCUCUGAACAAAGCCAUCGGGGCCGUCCCUCUGAUCAUGGGGGAGUACUGGAUUAACUGUAAUAAAAUUCCCUCACUGCCGGUGGUUUCCUUCAAUCUGGGAGGGAAAAUGUUCAACCUGACCGGAAAGGACUACGUCUACAAGGUCACACAGAUGGGUGUGUCUGUGUGUAUGUCUGGUUUCAUGGCAUUGGACAUACCGCCCCCUGCUGGUCCUCUGUGGAUCCUGGGUGAUGUUUUUAUCGGCCGUUUCUACACCGUCUUCGACCGAGACAGUGACCGAGUGGGAUUCGCUCCUGCCAAGUGAUUCCAGUAAACGCCGAGGCUGUUGAUAAUCAAUGUUUCAGUCCUCACAUAAUCCUGACAUUUCUUUCCUCAUUCACACAUAAACACUGCAUAGAUCUGAGCAACUCUGUAAGCACUGUUUCCUUUCAGUCCAAAAGUUUAAACCUGUCCAAUCGAAAAAAAGACGUCUGGCGGAAAAAACCAGGCUGAAUAAAGUAACUCCAGAUUCUCCAAGUGUAACUCGAAAAAGAGGUAACUCAAACCGUACCUCAGCGGGUAAGGGGAAGGGUUAAAUCAGCGGUUAAAGCGGAAAACAAAAUGGGUUAAAUUUCUCAGUGGGGUAAAUCAGUGGGGUAAAUCAGUGGGGUAAAUCAGUGGGGUAACUCAGUGGAGUAACUCAGUGGGGUAACUCAGUGGGGUAUAUCAAUGGAGUAACUCAAUGGGGUAACUCAAUGGGGUAACUCAAUGGAGUAACUCAAUGGGGUAACUCAGUGGGGUAACUCAAUGGAGUAACUCAAUGGGGUAAAUCAGUGGGGUAAAUCAGUGGGGUAACUCAAUGGAGUAACUCAAUGGAGUAAAUCAAUGGGGUAACUCAAUGGAGUAACUCAAUGGGGUAACUCAGUGGGGUAACUCAAUGGAGUAACUCAAUGGGGUAACUCAGUGGGGUAACUCAGUGGGGUAUAUCAAUGGAGUAACUCAAUGGGGUAAAUCAAUGGGGUAACUCAAUGGAGUAACUCAAUGGGGUAACUCAGUGGGGUAACUCAAUGGGGUAACUCAGUGGAGUAACUCAAUGGGGUAACUCAAUGGAGUAACUCAAUGGGGUAACUCAAUGGGGUAACUCAGUGGAGUAACUCAAUGGGGUAACUCAGUGGGGUAACUCAAUGGAGUAACUCAAUGGGGUAACUCAGUGGAGUAACUCAAUGGGGUAACUCAAUGGAGUAACUCAAUGGGGUAACUCAGUGGGGUAACUCAAUGGGGUAACUCAGUGGGGUAACUCAAUGGAGUAACUCAGUGGGGUAACUCAGUGGGGUAAAUCAAUGGGGUAACUCAGUGGGGUAAAUCAAUGGAGUAACUCAGUGGGGUAACUCAGUGGGGUAACUCAAUGGAGUAACUCAGUGGGGUAAAUCAAUGGGGUAACUCAGUGGGGUAACUCAGUGGGGUAAAUCAAUGGGGUAACUCAGUGGGGUAAAUCAAUGGAGUAACUCAGUGGAGUAACUCAGUGGAGUAACUCAGUGGGGUAAAUCAAUGGGGUAACUCAGUGGGGUAACUCAGUGGGGUAAAUCAAUGGAGUAACUCAGUGGUGUAACUCAGUGGGGUAAAUCAAUGGAGUAACUCAGUGGGGUAACUCAGUGGGGUAAAUCAAUGGAGUAACUCAGUGGGGUAAAUCAAUGGAGUAACUCAGUGGAGUAACUCAGUGGAGUAACUCAAUGGGGUAACUCAGUGGGGUAAAUCAAUGGGGUAAAUCAAUGGGGUAACUCAAUGGGGUAACUCAAUGGGGUAACUCAAUGGGGUAACUCAGUGGGGUAAAUCAAUGGGGUAACUCAGUGGGGUAACUCAGUGGGGUAACUCAAUGGGGUAACUCAGUGGGGUAAAUCAAUGGGGUAACUCAGUGGGGUAACUCAGUGGGGUAAAUCAAUGGGGUAACUCAGUGGGGUAACUCAGUGGGGUAAAUCAAUGGGGUAACUCAGUGGGGUAACUCAGUGGGGUAACUCAGUGGGGUAACUCCUAACAUCACCCAAAAUGCAACUCAAAUUUCUGUUAUUUCAUUUUUUCUAUAUUUGCUUUCAUAUGAACUUUUCACUAAAACAGCGUAAAGUUAAUAACUUCACAAGCCCCAGGACAGUGUCAUUGUCUCGUUCUCGCUUCCUCACACACACACCAAAUCCCGUCACAGAUCACAGCAGCUCGUUUGGCGUUCUGUUUUUUAUCGUAAGCUUUAAUCGCAUUCAGUCACAUUCAGCCUGAAUACCAAGGCUGUGGGUUUUUUGUUUUUUUGUUUUGUAGUAGUAGUGAACUCAGAUUCCUGUUUCAUUCUCCCACAUUUCUGUAAACAGAGUUUACAAACAGUCUGCAAAUUGUUUCUGAAAAGAGUACGAGUGCGAGAUGAUCUCAUGCAGUUAAGGGCUACGUCACGCUACCAAACCAAACCGUACCACGAACACCAGCACAGGUCAAAUAAAUAACAUUAACAUUAGCAUCAGGAGCUUGGAUUGAAAAAAAGAAAAAAAAAAAAACACUGGAUCAUCGUCUCAUUUAUGUUUUAUGUGUUUAAUGUUAUUUCCUGAAACGCACUGCAGAGAUCUUAAGCACGCUGUAACCUCAUGACUGGCUUUAAUUUCCUUUCUGGCUCUGUUUAAAUGUGUCCAAUCACAAGAGCUCUAAAUAAUGAGAAUAUAAUCUGAGGACAUAAUCGACUAUUAAACCAUCAGGUAAAAGUUACAGUCGAAUUUCCUGUAAAAAGAUCCUGCAGAUUUCAUAAUUUUGUAUGUUUUGAAAAGGAGAAACAUGACAUCAUUUAAAAAAAGAAAAAGUCUGGGCAAGUAUGUACGUACGAGUAUGACGAAAAAGAAUUUUUAUCUGUUUAUAGUUACACUGAAUGUCUUGUGCAACAGGUUAGUUCCUGUUGUCACUUACGUUGUAGCAGCUAGAAACACUCGUUCUCUCACCAGAGUCUCUUUUUCUAUCGAUAUAUCGAGCUAGUGAUGGAUUAAAGAAGUAGAAAGAAGCGGGAAUGUGACUGAAUUACAGCAUUCGGAUGAAAACUAUGCAGAGAUUAAUGUGUGUGUUUUUUGUUUUCGUAAACAAUCGUGUUUAAAAUUGAUAUUUUCUAUAUAGCUAGUUCUUUAAAAAAAAAAAAAAAAAAAAAAAGAGGUGAAUCAGUUUGAAGGUCUUCCUGACUUCCUGGAAUUGCAAGAUUUUUUUUCAUACUUGUUUGACAGAUUGUGCAGCUUCCUCAUUUCCAGAACGAAUUAAACACUUUUGCGCACCUCUGAAUUUCAUUAUCAUCAGGACCACUUUGAUUUUUUAUUUUUUUUUAAUUGUUGCACUGAGACUUGGAUUUGCACUGCGCUGGCUUUCAGCUAUGAAACUGAAAUAAAGAAACGUGUUUAUUAUAA